GGCUGCUGACAGAAGUAAACAGUGUUUAUCAGCUGUCAAGUUUGUCACGGAGAAUUGAAGUAGUGGUGUGGCAGUCGCGUGCAUUUAACAACAGAUCAACACUGACAGGGAAUAACUGAGUCGGUGCAUAGAAGAAGACGAAGCAAUAAGAUUAAUAUGUCUCUAGAAAACGACAAUCCGGGGCGCCUGCUGUCUUCUCUGAUCAAGGAACUGAAAUCACUGGCUUUGAGCAAUAUUGAAUACUUUCAAAAUGGGAACCAAAGCCACCACGCUAAAUAUCACACAUCCUUUUGUCUCCUUUACGAAUAUUUAGACAUGGGUAUCGAACCUAACAUUGCUGGCUUGCUUCCAAGAUUGUCUGAUUUUGACGUUUCACCAGACUUAAAAGGAAACGGGUACCGGAGUUUGUUAAGGAUUGUGUAUAAAUGUUGUUUGCAUUUAGCCCAGUUGCUGAGGUAUAUUGUGGUGAAUAGAGAUUCUAUUUUGUUCAGAAGAGCUCACUACUGUAAAGAAGUUGAGGCAUAUGUCAGCACCAUCGGUCAGCUGAGAGCAUGUCUCUAUUAUGCCAACAAGCUCAUCAACUACUGUCAAGAUGGAAACCUGUUUGCAGAUGAGGAAAAUCUAAAUGAAAAUAUUGCAGAGCAGUUGAUGGAGGAAGUUGAGAUGUUGAACCAAGAUUGUUUUUAUGGCCGUUGUCUUGGAUUCCAGUUCUGCGACUCAAUGCAGCGUCCUCUUCAUGCUGUUGCUAUAGCGAUGGCAUCUUUCUCGGAGGGUUAUCAAGAAAACUCACAGGUGAUGCAGCUGGCCACCUCCCUCGUCAGCAGUGGGAAGUACUGGAUGAACCCGGAACUCCGCGCUCAACAGGUUGUUUACACAACACGAACAGCAGACGUCAGCUUUUGCAAAGCAUUCUGGGGGAUCACUGAAACUGAAAUAAUGAAGUCCUUGCCAUCGCUGGUGUGUCCACCUGUUCAGGUGAACGAGGUUAUCUCCCUUGGGCCAGAUUCCUUUGAAAUGCCAACAGAAGAUGGGUCUGACAUCGUGGUGAUCACACCCCCCUGCUCCCACACGGGUCCGGGGCAUGUGCAGGUCAGACUCAUCUCGUCACUGAUCCGGGAGGGGCAGGAAUGUCACCUGAAGCAGCCUCCGAAGUCCAAGAAUGGCCGUCCAGCGCCAAAGCUGGCCCCUAAAGCCCCCGGGCUGCUGGUACACUGUCAUGGCGGAGGAUUUGUAGCUCAGUCGUCCAAGUCACAUGAGGUGUACCUGCGCCACUGGGCCAAGGAGCUGAACGUGCCCAUCCUGUCCAUAGACUACUCCCUGGCCCCCGAGUUCCCCUUCCCCCGCGCCCUGGAGGAGUGCUUCUAUGCCUACGCAUGGGCCACACAGAACUGUGACAAGCUGGGUACAACAGGGGAGAGGAUCUGUGUGGGGGGAGACAGUGCUGGAGGGAACCUCAUGAUAUCCACAGCCAUGAGAGCCGCCGAGUUUGGCAUUCGGCGCCCAGAUGGCGUCAUGGCGGCGUACACCCCGGUGCUGGUGCGCUACACGCCGUCCCCGUCACGCCUGCUCUGCCUCAUGGACCCCCUGCUCCCAGUCGGCAUCCUGUCCAGGUGUCUCGCAGCCUAUGCCGGUGUGUCAGAUGAGCUGGCGUCCGGCCUGGCAAGCACAGUGUUUCCUGGUGACCAGGAAUCACUCAGUUCCAUCAAGCUCAAGUCCGAUGAGUCCACAGACACGGAGUGGGUCAUUAUCUCGCAGGAUGAGAAGGCAGCAAAGACCAAGGGUCCUGUGGUCCACUCCUCACAGAUGGACCAACUGACCCCAUCUCCAUGUACCGAUGGAAUGGAUCAUGUUAUAACUCAAAGUGAAGUGCUGGACUUGAACGAGGGAUCGGGAAUCGUAAUGGACUCCCCAUCACCGGACACAUUCUUCACCCCCGGGGAAGGCAAGGGGCAGGCAGGCUUCAAGGAUACGGCAGAGGUGUGUGGUGAGUCGUUGGAGGACAUUAGGCUGGACAGUCCAACACCAGUGUCGGAAGGACAGAGAAUCUGUAAGGAGAUUGCUGAUGUGUUAGCUGAAGACUCCACCCAACAGAUCAAUCAGUUGAAUCACGAUCAGGACUCUGAUACCUCUUCUGGUUAUGAAAUUCUGUUUGAUAAGAACCCACAGUCUGCUAAUGGACAGUUGGAACAAGCAGCAGCCUCAUCUCAAAAGGGAGAUAACUCCAAAUGCACUCCACAACAGGGAGAUAACUUAAUAUCAGAAAUUGAAAGCCCAAGUCAGCUUGUGAUACAGGCUCCUGUUUUGAAUCCUGACUUAAGGAUGAAGUCCACUCCAUCUGUGGACAGUGGCUGUCAUAUAGAGGAACAGACACCUCCACACCAGGAAGAACAGACACCCAGCACAGACAUGCCACAUUCUAACACUGACACCAAUACCGGAGAUACAUCUGACCAGCCUAGUAGUGGAGGAAGCUCCGCCCAGAACUCGCCAGCAGCCAUGCGAUCAAAGCUGCAUCUGAAUCUUAAAAAGACAUCCGAGUCGCCAGUCAAAACUUCCCGGCCUCACAUGCAUCGAUCUGCCUCAGCGGGCGUGUUCAAGACCACCAUGAACAAUCCGGGGUCCCCCACGGACUUCCUCCGGCACCGCCACACAGCCCAAAGCCCACUGCAUGCGAUACGGCGUCUACCUAUAGUGAAGAACCCCUACAUGUCUCCUCUCCUUGCCCCAGAUCACAUGCUGAAGGGGCUGCCUCAUCUCAGUCUGGUGUCAUGUCAUCUUGACCCUAUCCUCGAUGACUCUGUCAUGUUCACGAAGCGACUCAGGAAAUUGGGCAACUCUGUUGACCUUCACCUUGUGGACGACUUACCUCACGGAUUCCUCAACUUUGCCCUGGUUUGCAAGGAGGCAAGACAAGCAUCCGAAGUCUGUAUCUCCAAACUGCAGGACAUGUUGGCACCCAGAUAGACCACCGAAGUCUACAGGUAGAACACCGAACUGUACAGGUACGCCCCUGAAGUCUACAGGUAGACCACGGAAGUCUACAGGUAGAACACCGAACUGUACAGGUACGCCCCUGAAGUCUACAGGUAGACCAUGGAAGUCUACAGGUAUGUUUCUGGAGUCUACAAGGUACGUCACGGAAGUCUACAGGUGGAACACCGGAGUGUACAGGUAGACCACUGAAGUCUCCAGGUACAGGGGUUGUAUCACUGCUGUACCUGUCUGCAAGUGCUUCAUCUCAAAACUCAACUCAGCAACAGGAACAACGGUUGUCUUUGUCCUACAUGUAUAUUUUAUAUGAGAAAUGUUCAUGACAAAGUAGCAGAUGUGAUUAAUGUAAUAGUAGCCUGCCCGAAAUAUGUUGUGCACUGCAUUGUAGGAAUGAUCUCAUUUAUCGCCUAGGAAUAUUUGCUAUUGCAGGAUUUUUAGGAAAAAUGUGUUUCUGCGAUCAUAAUUAUGAAAUCUGAACUUACUUGACUAAUUGUACAUUUUGUGACUUUAUGCUGACAGAACUUAGUGGGGGAUAUAUGAUCCGGAAAAGCCUCAAUAAAUCUAAAUACUAUUAAGUGCUCAGUAUCUCAAGCUUAUUAAAAUUGUGUACAAUGAUCCUUGAAUAUUGUGUGAAAUGGAUGUUUGAUAAUUCACUGAUUGUAACUUUGUUAUCAAACCCAAUCUAAUGUUCACGUUGUUAUUCUGAAAAAAAAUCAUGAUUUGUGUUGCAAAUACAACAUGUACGUCCAUUAUUUAAAUUCUGUGUACAUGAUGUAAAUAUCUUAGAUUUGGAAAGGCAGUAUUAUGAUUGCAAGUGUAAAUCGUUUGCUUAAAAACCCUUGACCUUGAAAAGUUAAACACAAGUGAUAGUUUGUGAUGACGUGCUUACAUUACUGUUGAAUAGUGUCUUUACUGAAGAUGAUUUAUAUAGGGAUGGUAGAGAUGUUUCAGUUGUUGUAGGGGUGGGUGGACGGUAGAGAUGUUUCAGUUGU